AUGUCAUUAUUUCGUAUCUCUUCUCGUGUUUCUUUUGGCAUAUCAAAGGUUGUUAUAUGUAAACCGGCAUUAAAUCAAGUUUUUCCAACUUCUUUUGUUGGUAUUGCUCGGUUAUACGCUUCGAAACCAAAAACUCUUAAAGAGCGCCUACAUGAACUAGUUCCUGAAAAGCAAGAAGAAGUAAAAAAUAUCAAAAGAGAACAUGGUGCUAAAAGCUUGGGAAAUGUUACGGUCGAUAUGGCUUAUGGUGGUAUGAGGGGUAUCAAAGGCUUAAUAUGGGAAGGUUCUGUGUUGGACCCGGACGAAGGUAUUGAGUUCCGUGGUUAUACCAUCAAUGAAUGUCGGGAACUACUUCCAAAAGCAGACGGUGGUGAAGAGCCGUUACCUGAAGGUCUUUUUUGGCUCCUAGUAACUGGUGAAAUUCCUUCAAAAGAACAAGUUCAAGCACUUUCAGCCGAAUUAGCAGCUCGCUCGGCGAUUCCUUCAUUUGUUGAAGAUCUUAUCGACAGAUGCCCAAAUACUCUACAUCCGAUGUCUCAAUUCUCAUUGGCUGUCACAGCUCUACAACAUGAUUCGAAUUUUGCAAAAGCUUAUCAGACCGGCGUUAAUAAGAAUGAAUAUUGGCAAUACUUAUACGAAGAUGCAAUGGAUUUAAUUUCUAAGUUACCAAAUGUGGCCGGCAGAAUUUACAGAAAUGUUUAUAAAGAUGGUAAAGUGCCGCCGAUUGAGCCAGACAAGGAUUAUUCGUAUAAUUUGGCAAAAAUUUUAGGAUAUUCGGAUAAUAAGGAUUUUGUGGAAUUAUUGAGACUUUACCUCACAAUUCAUUCUGAUCAUGAAGGUGGAAACGUAUCUGCUCAUACGAUGAGAUUAGUAGGAAGUGCACUUUCUGACCCAUUUAUUGCAUUUUCGGCGGCUCUAAAUGGUUUGGCAGGUCCAUUACAUGGUCUUGCCAAUCAGGAAGUAGUUCGUUGGAUUUUCCAAAUGAAGGAUACUAUCGGUGAUUCACCCUCCGAUGAAACUGUUAAAGAAUAUGUCUGGAAUACCCUGAAGUCCGGAAAAGUAGUCCCGGGUUACGGACAUGCUGUUCUCCGUAAAACGGAUCCAAGAUACUCAGCACAACGUGAUUUCGCAUUAAAACAUCUUCCAAAUGAUCCUCUUUUCAAGCUCGUAUCACAACUCUAUAAUAUUGUACCUGGUGUAUUACUUGAACACGGUAAAACAAAAAAUCCUUGGCCGAAUGUUGACGCUCAUUCGGGUGUAUUAUUACAGUAUUAUGGCCUAGUUGAGCAAAACUAUUAUACUGUACUUUUCGGUGUCUCAAGAUCUUUAGGUGUUUUAAGCCAGUUAAUUUGGGAUAGAGCUUUAGGUUUUCCUAUUGAAAGGCCAAAAUCAUACUCAUCCGCAUUAAUCAAAAAGAUGUUUGAAGGACAACAAUAA